UCAUUCAUUGUUUCACUUGUUUCGUUUCGUUUGUAAUCUGAGGAAGAACGAAGACGACACACUCAAGCAAGCUUCAAGUGAUGUGAUAAGGUUAACAUUACUCCUCAACGUCAAAUGAGUUUAGAAAUUAGUUAUAUUUCAGUUUUCUCUCUUGUUCAGGGCGUUAUAAAUUAUAUUUUCUUAGGAUAAAUUUAUAACUCCACCACAAAGAUGUUUUGCCUUCAGAGGCUCCAUUCAGCACCCCAGAUUGUACAGAAAGUGAAAGUCAUCAAUUCUGUUCCAAGAAAUAAUUUAUGGCAGUGGUUGACAUUUGUAUGGAACAGACAUGCUCAUACAGUCCCACAGAGGGUGUCUCAGUCGCGUAUUGACCAGGUCGGACCGGACAGAGCUUGUGCAGAGUGGUUGAUGCGCAACGGUGCGCUCGUCCAGUGGAAGGGACAUUCCAAGUUUGUCCCUCACUACGACAGCCUGCCCAAGGACGAUGAUCCUGGCAAGUACUAUCUACAAGAGGUAGACGCUACAGACUCAUCAAUCUCCCAUCAUGGAUUCCCUUACUUCAGACAUUGUGACCAUGUGGACAAGAUCAAAUUGCAAGAAUGUUUGUAUUUGGACGACUCGGCCUUGAGUCAAUUGCAUUAUUUAAAAUCAUCUCUUCACUCGCUCUCAAUCAUCAAGUGCUAUGGGAUAUCUAAAAAAGGACUACUGUCUCUAGGCAAACUCCAGAAUCUAAAAGAACUUCAGCUUUCUGGCCUGAAAAGCUUAGAAAGGAAUGAGUUGGAUGUUUGCAUUGAAGAGUUAAGCAAGCAGUUGCCCCAUUGUGAGAUUAAAGUGAGUGAAAAUAUUGCCAAAGAGGGCAGUAAGGAAGAACAAACAGAUAAAUAGGGGGCAGUACAGCCACGGCUUUGCAAAAUAUCAUUAUAAGCUAUACUUGUAACAUGGACUUAAUGGGUUAAACAUAUUUUUUUGCAAGUGGCCAUUUGUAAAUGAUUGGAAUUUAUGGUUACAAAUAAAUAAAAUAU